AUGGCACGGCAACACUUGGCCAUUUAUCAAGCUUGUGAGGAUGAUGGGUGCGAGGAAAGCACCAUUCUCGUAGCCAUGGAAGCUGCCAUCGCAGACGGUGUCAAUGUGUUAUCACUCUCUCUUGGAGGACAAGAGGAGCCUUACUUUGCAGACGAGAUAGCAAUCGGUGCUUUUCGAGCAAUCCAGAACGGGAUCAUUGUCAGCUGUGCCGCUGGCAAUGGAGGACCGUUCCAUGGUACGCUAUUAAAUACCGCACCAUGGAUUUUGACGGUGGGUGUGAGCACAAUUGACCGCAGUUUUAGGUCUAUAGCUGUGCUUGGUAACAAUUCACAGUUUGAUGGUGUAUCAGUCCAUCAACCUAAGGUUCUUUCAAGGACAUUGAUACCCCUAGUACGUUUGGCAGCUAGAAAAUGUGCCCGUGGCACAUUGAACAAGACUCUUGUUGUUGGCAAGGUGGUAUUGUACAAAGCUGAUGAACCCUUCGAAACAUUUAAUUUGAGGCAGGGCAUAAGAGAUGCUGAUGGGGCAGCAAUAAUAGUGGUCAACGGAGACACAGACUUGUGUGCUACCUCACCUCAAGUUGAUGUGAUUCCCACUACUAUAGUGAGUCUUGUUGUCGGGGAAGCGAUAAAGGAGUAUAUAAACUCUACAUUUGCACCUACUGCCAUGAUAGCAUUCGAAGGUGUCAGCAUUCUUGCUGCCUGGCCUUCCUUUGUGGACAACAGCAAAAAUUCAACUGCUUCAUUCAAGUUACAAUGUGGAACCUCAAUGUCAACACCUCACCUGAGUGGCAUUGCAGCCUUAAUACAAAGUUUGCAUCCCGAUUGGUCGCCUGCUGCCGUUAAAUCUGCUAUUAUGACCAGUGCUGACUUCUUGAACCAUGAUGGGAGCCUUAUCCUUGAUGAGAGGAUGCUUCUUGCAAAUUUAUUUGCAAUUGGUGCUGGCCAUGUAAAUCCGGCAAGAGUUGCUGACGCUGGAUUGGUUUAUGACAUCCAUCCUGAGGAUUAUCUUCAAUACUUGUGCGGUUUCAAUACUUGUGUGUUGGGGUCUGAUACUCAGACAUAUAGAAGAACGGCGAUGAAUGUGGACAAGACCUACUUAGUUUACAACAAUCUGAUCACAUCCAUCCCAAGGAUCGAUAUUGUCGUAUAUCCAACUGUCCUGCGGUUCACAAGAAUGAACCAAAAGAUUACAUAUCAGAUCAGCUUCAAAGAACAGACAGGUUCGAAAAUGCUACUUACAUGCAGGGCUCAUCGCCUGGAGCUCAAAGCAGCACUCUGUGAGAAGUCCCAUUUUGAUUAA